CCAUUCACUCGAGUGUGCAUGAUGCAACUGGUUUGUAAUCAUUAGGAGUGAAGGCUCUCCUUCCUUCUAAGAGAGGAAGCGGUGUCCAAUUGCAUUACUUCUACAGUGUAAAUGUACUCAAAAGGCAAAGGGACAUUACAUUGCUGUUUUCUUAACUUUGCGCUGCAUAGGAUUCCUCCUGCUUGCAGAUACACGAGACAGGCAUUGCUGUAGACGCCUACAGAAGGGGUCCUUCCUCCAAAAGAGAAAGCAGCACGUGGGGGAGAGGCUGGGACCGGCUGGCAGUGCAGGACACACUGUCUCCUCACCAUGCCGACCCUAUAUCUUUCCCCACAUCCUGACAACUUCCAGAAUCUCUGUGUGCUUGUUGCAGCCCGUUAUGGCCAUCACGAGCCCAAGGUGGUCAAUCUGCCCCCUGACACGGAGCUGGAGAACCCUUCCAUCUCCAUCCCCAAGCUCCCAGCUCUGGAGAUGCAAGCUGGCAUCUAUGUGUCUGGGCCUGCGGCUGUCUCCUACCUCCUCUCCUCAGAUGCCUUGAGAGGGCAAGGUCCUGAAGCCAGUGCCUUGGUCCGGCAGUGGAUCAGCUUCGCCAACUUGGAAGUGGCUCCUGCUGCUUGUGCAGCGGCUUUUUCAGUGUUGGGGGUCUCCAAGCAAAAUAAACAGGUGACUGAUCGUGCUCUGGCAGAACUUCGAAAUCUCCUUGGGGUGCUGGACGGUCACCUGAAACUCCGGACAUACCUGGUGGGGGAAGCUGUGACGCUGGCUGACGUGACAGUUGCUUGUGCUCUGCUACUGCCGUAUAAAUACGUCCUAGACCAAGCUCUUCGCUCUUCUUACACCAAUGUUACCCGUUGGUUCCUCACCUGCAUCAACCAGCCAGAAUUCCAAGCUGUUCUGGGUCCAGUGAAGCUGUGUGAGCAGGCGCUUGGAGCCGAUCCCUCAAAACAGAAUCUCAGAGAAUCAGCCACAGGCUCUGAAACUCAGUUGCCAGAGCAGAAGGACUUAACAGAGCCACCCCCGAAAAGCGCAUCUCAACUGAAAAAAGAAGCAAAAAAGAAAGAAAAACUGGAAAAGUUUCAACAAAAGAAAGAAAAAAGCCAACAGCAGCAGCAAGGCGAAAAGAAACCAAAAGCAGAGAAGAAGGAGAAGAAAGAUCUUGGGGUCAUAAGUUAUAACAUCUCAACUAAACAAGGGGAGAAAAAAGAUGUGACUGCCUCAAUGCCUGAUUCCUACAGCCCUCAAUAUGUCGAAGCUGCUUGGUAUCCAUGGUGGGAGAGCCAGGGCUUUUUCAAACCAGAGUAUGGGCGUCGCUGUGUCUCUGAGCCAAACCCCAGAGGGAUCUUUAUGAUGUGUAUCCCACCACCCAAUGUCACGGGAUCGCUCCAUCUUGGCCAUGCACUCACCAACGCCAUCCAGGACUCCUUGACUCGAUGGCACAGGAUGAAAGGGGAGACCACCCUUUGGAACCCAGGCUGUGACCACGCUGGUAUCGCUACCCAAGUGGUAGUAGAGAAGAAGCUUUGGAAGGAGCAAGGGAAGACACGGCAUGACCUUGGGCGGGAGCUGUUCAUUAAGGAGGUCUGGAAGUGGAAAAAUGAGAAAGGGGAUCGGAUUUAUCAUCAGCUGAAGAAGCUGGGUUCCUCAAUGGACUGGGACAGAGCCUGUUUUACCAUGGAUCCUAAACUUUCUCGUGCUGUUGAAGAAGCGUUUAUCCGAUUGCAUGAAGAAGGGGUCAUCUAUCGCAGCAAACGCCUGGUCAACUGGUCAUGCACCCUAAACUCCGCCAUCUCUGAUAUAGAGGUGGAUAAGAAAGAGUUAACAGGCCGAACUCUCUUGCCUGUGCCUGGCUACAAAGAAAAAGUUGAAUUUGGGGUGCUAGUCUCCUUCGCCUACAAGAUCGAGGGCUCAGAUGAUGAAGUGGUGGUGGCGACAACCCGUAUUGAGACCAUGCUGGGGGACACAGCAGUUGCAGUUCAUCCUCAGGAUCCUCGAUACAAGCACCUUCAUGGGCGGAGUGUUGUGCACCCCUUCACCAAACGACUUUUGCCUAUUUUGUGUGAUGACUUUGUAGACAUGGAGUUUGGAACUGGUAUGUCUGUGGCUAGUGGCUGGCUCGAUUUCAUCACCAUUUUUGAUGAGGAUGGUUUUCUCAUCAACGUGCCCCCUCCCUUCUUGGGAAUGAAGCGGUUUGAUGCUCGUCGAGCCGUCCUGGAAGCUUUGAAAGAAAAAGGGCUGUUCAAGGAGGUGAAGGACAACCCCAUGGUGGUCCCAGUCUGCAGGAUGGCCCGAGGAGCAGCCGAGGCAGUGCGCCGAGGUGACCUGCGCAUUGUGCCAGACUUCCACCUUAAAACCUGGUUCAAUUGGAUGGACAAUAUUCGGGACUGGUGCAUCUCUCGGCAGCUGUGGUGGGGCCAUCGCAUCCCAGCCUAUUUUGUGACUGUCAAUGACCCUUCUGUGCCACCGGGAGAGGUAGGAGCAGAGGACCUCUGGGAGUUGCUGGUGGUGGAAGGGGCCAGAUGGCCAGACAUUAUUAACCUCAAGCCCAGGACACUUUGCCAACCUUUGUCCGGUUCUCUCUGCUCUAAUUAUUGUUCCUCUUGUGUUUCUUGUACCUUAUUUCCAGAUGAGGAUGUCCUGGACACCUGGUUCUCCUCUGGUCUGUUUCCUUUCUCCAUUUUUGGGUGGCCGAAUCCUAAUGAAGACCUCCAUGUUUUUUAUCCUGGGACACUCCUGGAGACUGGACAUGACAUUCUCUUCUUCUGGGUGGCCCGUAUGGUUAUGUUGGGCCUAAAGCUUACAGGGAAGCUGCCCUUCAGAGAGGUUUACCUUCAUGCUGUUGUUCGGGAUGCUCAUGGCAGGAAGAUGAGCAAAUCCCUGGGAAAUGUGAUCGAUCCGUUGGACGUUAUCACUGGCAUCACCCUGGAGGUGACCUAUCAUGUUUUCAGCACGAAAUCUGAUUAUCCCAACGGGAUCCCUGAAUGUGGGACAGAUGCCCUCCGCUUUGCUCUUUGCGCAUAUACAUCUCAAGGUCGGGACAUUAACUUGGAUGUGAACCGGAUUCUGGGUUAUCGACACUUCUGCAACAAACUCUGGAACGCAACCAAAUUUGCCAUCCGUGGCCUUGGGGAAGGAUUCAAGCCUCAGCCCAGGCCUCAGGUAAGGAAUUGGCCAAGGAACUACCUAUCUUCCCCAAUUAAAUCAUGGAAAGAAAGACCACAAGUGUGUAAUCAAAUCUGUAAUCAAGUGACUCUGUUCCCUCUCACCUUGAAGUCUUCCUCCCGGAAGCGCUUUCCCUUGACGGAAGGAGGCAUCUCUGCAAAGAGGCGGAUGGUGACAUUCAGAAUGGCAUCUUCGGUCAUGUCCUGGUGGGUGGUGGACCCCCACGUGAAAGCCAUGGUGCGAGACCAGAAGUUGGGGAAGAAGCCAUGGACUUCUCGUGGAGGCAAAUACCACAGCAUCAGGAUCCACAGGAGACGCCACAACCAGGCCAAGGUAUGGUCCAUAUUGGAUACAUUUAUCUGA